CAGACUGGCAGUGGUGGAAGUCCCCUAUUCUACUCUAUCUUUCACUACUGAGUCCCAGCACAGAUGUGUGCGUGAGUAGAUAGCCAACUGUUGUUGGUAAACAUAACCAAACCGCGGUCGUUUCAUUGGAUAUUCCCACGUUUAUCAAACUUCUUCCAUAUUAUUGAGUUUAUUAGACUAAUUUAAACAUAACUGAACUGUUUCUCAAUAAUAUUUGACGUCUUUAAGUUCAGGCUAAUCGUGUCGUGUGUUAACCUAAUUCCAAUCCUCCGGUUUCUGGAAGUUGAACCGACGUGGUUUUGUCGUGUCUCGUGUAGUUGUGUUUCUUUUUCGUUUUGACAUUUAUUUUCCGUUCUGAAUAAUUCGCGCGUGAAUUUCAUGAGUUGACUAACUUUGUUCUUCAUUUAGUUAUUUGAUAAUAAUUCUGUACAUUACCUACUGUGUCUUAUACUGUGCUUGUUUCUGGAAACUACUGUAUCUAGUCUGUGUUUUUGAAUUCUUCGGCUACCGAUCGGCUCAAAGACUACCCAAUUUUCAAAGAUACAUCGGCCUCCUGACACUUCUUUGGUUAUUCACAAACAGCCUAAUCUCAUGAAUGUGUCGGCCCAGUUAUGAUGCUGUAGGGAGUGAAUGUGAAGUUGGAUACUAGAAGCAUGUUCUUGUGACUGCUGCUCUCCAUGUGUGAUCGGUUCUCGACUGGCCAAUCUUGAAUGGGUUUCUCAAGUUAGCAGAUCAGAUCUGCACAAUGGAGACAACAGUGGUCAGAACGAAUGGACUGGAACCUGGGCACAAGCAGCAACACAGCUAUGACUCGGGAGCAUAUAUAGAGUGGCCUGGGGAAGAAGGUUUACGGGACGAGGUUGAACCGAAAUUCGCCAGCAAUGUAACUGGAGAGUUUGUGACUGUAGUUGCUGUAGAACCGGCCGACCCUCAGCCGUCGCCCUAUGUCACAGUGCUAGCCAUUGGAGACGAGCCAACCAAUGCACCGCCUCUAGUUGAAGACGAUGCAGAAGAUGUACUUGUCUACAGACUGCCGGGAGAGAGGCUGGGCUUUGCAUUAAAAUUCGAAGGUGGUUUGAAAACUACUGAAAAUGUUGGCAAACUGUACAUCCAGUCGUGUGCUCCAGACAGCCCAGCAUCCAGAACCAAAGCAUCCUGGGGUCCUCUGGGUGCUGGUGAUGAAGUAUUGGAAAUUGAUGGUCAAAAGGUGUGUGAGAUGACACGUAUUGAUUGUGUACGAUUGCUGAAAGAAUCCAAUGUAGUGAUCAAACUACGUAUAAGACCACUCCAUAAAGAUGUGGUUGCUGUUGAGGGGCCUGCAACCGAUUCAUCACCCCCUCCACCACCCAUUCCUCCCAGGAAGACUCCCCGCCGAAACUCAACAGCUAAAGAGAAACCCGCAAUAGUGUGUCCACCGGAUGGCUUUGCUGAUUUGGAUUCAUCAAAUGUAAAAAUCAAUGGUAUCAAACCCGAUGAUAAUUUGCCAGAAGCUGAAGUGUACAUGGACCUUUUAGCGAAAGAAGCAGAGAUCCCUGUGGGGGAAUCAGAAUCUGAUGACACCGGGAGCAGUAUAUCAACAGUUGUGGAUCGAUUGUCAUCUAAUUCAAGUUUCUCAGAUGUCAGAUCAAUCACGUCGCUGGAUAUAACUGCACCCCCAACUCCAACUGUAACAACUGCGACCACCUUCGAUUUGGAUCGUGUGUUGGAGCCUUUUCUACAGUUGGAAAGAGAGUUCUCAUCCAGUGCUACAUCUGUUGAGAAUUCACUUUUCACCAAGCUGGUAGCACUGACUGAGUCGCAGUCUCAUGCAACAGUUUCCAGGAAGUCGUCUGCCAGUGUGAAUGAUGACGAGGCAUUGCAGCCACCUGAAAACUUCAAGGAUUCACCAGAAAAUGUGGCAGUUGAUGAAAACAAGGAGGAAGAGGAUUGUGGUAUUGUGAUGAAACCCAACCCCAGAACAGUGCAUAAUGUGAAUGUGGAUGUGGAAGCUCCCGAAUUGCCACCAAAACCAACUCCCAGGAAAGAUUUGAAAUCAAAGUUUAAGAGUGGGAAGAAACGUCCUCCACCGCCCCCUCCGCCCCGUUCUGAUCGGCCCCUGUGUCCUGACCCUGAGUCGCCUCCUGUCAACGACCAGGCAUCCUAUGAUGGAGAGUGUGACUCUGAUCACUUGCCACGUCUCAUUGACUUUGUGCCCAAGGAUCGCACCGAUGUGGUCGUGCCCAAUGCCAUUCAUCCCGAUCCCAACCAAUUGGACCUUCUCAUCCAGCAGAGGCGCCUCCUGGAUCUCAUCAGUUCCAAGCCAGAGUCGGCGGAUGUCCCCCACAGCGAGGCAGAGGCUGAUUCCUCCUGGUAUCCAUGUGAUGUGCUCGAUACUAUUGGUGAAAUGGAUGAGGAGCAGCAGCUACCUUCGUUUAUAACGGAGACGGUAGCUGAUGAUGUGGAGGAAGAUGUGACAGCAGGACAAGAAAAUGUUCGCUCAGAAGUCUCUAUAAUUGGAGAAAAAGAAGAAGAAGAGCGAAAAGAAGAGGAAGUGAAUUAUAGAAAUGGUGCAGAUGAGAAGGAGGAUGGUGAACUCAUCGUUGAAGGAGAUGACUGCUCGGAAACUCCUGAAAUCAUUGAGAAAGAUCAAACACACGUAGCUUGUGUUGACGAACCAGAACUCAAAACAGAGGACGCUUCAGUUGAAGGCGACAACUUGCAGGAGGCUGCUGACGUCGACCAGAAGCCGUCCACAGUCGAAAACGACAAAGGAGAAGGAGAGGCGGAAGAGAACGAAGAAGGAGGAGAGUUGAAAGAGAACGAAGUGAGGGAAGAACCGGAAGAGGAUAAAGAGUCCGUUGCAGCGCCGGUGACGUCUGCCGUCGAGCUCAAUCGUGAACAAGAUAAUGGAUUGCCUUUACUGCCUGCAGACAAUGUUGCUGAUAUUCCGGCUCGCAUACUAGCUGCUGAUGACGUUCAGGCUACUAACAAAACAGGUAAACGGGGGAUUAACAAAUGUGAUGUGGCUCCAGUUUUGGUUGGUGCCAGAAGAGCUAUGGAUACAUUGGUGUCGGACAUAACUGCACUGAACUUGUCACCGCCACCGAGCUUCUCACGGCUGCCGCCAGAUGGACACGAGUUCCCACCCGACUACCAGGAGUACCAGGACCAGCCUAACUACCAGGAGCCUCACUACCAGGACCCCAAAUACCAGGAGCAACAGCUCACUGCCAAGGCACUCUCCUCCCCCCCACCGCUGCCCUGCUCUGCCCCGCCAAUAAUGCGCAAACCGGUCAUGCGCAGUAGUUCUGCUCAGCAGCCAGAUCUGUCGGAGGGUGCUGAAGAUGGACCAGGCAAGUGUGGAACGCGUCCGCCUCCAUCGUGGCGGAAUGAUGAGAAAAGUGAGAAGAGCGUUCGUGACAAGAUUGCCAUGUUCUCGAAUGUGAAUGAUGAGGCGCCCAUCUAUCCGGCUGCCAGCGCCCAACCUGUGCGGGCAAACCGAAAGUUGAACAGGUUCAAGAGCUCUGAAGACGUGUUUUUGUCGAACGGGGGUAGCGCAUGCGCAGACAGUCCAUCGCACAUCUUGCCAGGUGGCAAGCUGCUCUCACGAUCGGUCAUGUCUGUCGACAAGGUUGUCUCCUCCUCCGCCGCCUCCUCUAGUCCCUACCUGCCCGAGUCAGACGACGUCAGGACCAUGAAGAAGGGCACCCUCACCUACAGUAGUUCCGUUGAUGUCUCGCCUCUCGAGAGGCGCAUCAAAACGAACGGCGUGCUUGAGUUUGCCAACAGAACGUGCAGUUCAACUGAUCUGACGUCAUCAGCGUCAUCCACAUCGUCAGCCUACUCUUCCUGCUCACCUGAGUCCUCCCUGUCACCAACCAUCUCUCCCUAUGUCGGCUACUCCAGUACACUCCCUAGAAAGAAUCAAACCGAGAGGAAGACUUCUUUGGCCUCCACACGAUCCCCAAGCCUUGACGGCGGCAACAAGUCACAUACAACCGGCCUCUCCCGUGCGGUCAGUUUCACAGUUGGCAGUAAACUGCACACCCGUUCACAGAGUCUUGUAGAUGUUGGAUCAGGUCUCAACAAGUAUGUGCCAAAAUCAAUCAACAACAGCAACAAUACUGAAGAAGCUCGACGCGCUUCGUUGAAUGCUCUCAUUGAACAACGCCGUAGAAGUAUCUCAAAACUACGCGGUCUUGUUAUACCCGAGAAAGUCAAUGAAGUUCCAUCUAUUCGUCAAACAAUACUCGAUCUACCUGAAAUAAUCAGCAAAGAUGCUGUGCUACCCGCUAAGAAGAGCACGGAAGAAACAAGACUGCAGAGUAUCAACUCGUAUAGAAUCGGAAGUAGUUGUAUUAAACCAACUGCAACACAAACGGCAAGCACCAAUUUGUUGACACCUCCCUGGAAAAGUGAAACAGACACAGGGGUGGACCUGCCCAAGUACUCACCAGCCUUCAAACGCAAAUCACUGGCCGUCUAUGGCAUUUCAUCGUCAGCCUCAUCAGUCUCAUCGUCACUCAGCUCCAGCCGGGAAGAGUUACGGCCCUACUUUGAUAACAAUUCUACAAACAACUUCAGUAAGAUAUCAAAAAUGAACAAAGUUGCUGCCAGAAACGGCUACAUGUCUAGUGAUACAGAUGCAUUACAAAACAAUGAGCCACCCAAGUCGUUGGAGAGCAUUACAUCACCAACGAGAUCUGACAUUAGUUUCGAGUUUGUUAGUAGCAGCCCCAGUUCACCCGAUGAUAAGAUGAUGACCAAUGGUUCGUCGCAGUCGUCACUCAGGAACAACCAUGAGCCCGAAGUGACUCCUGUCAUCAAGAUGACGAACGGCGGCGGCAAACGUCAGCAGUUGUCAGUUGAUGGCAGGCGGUCGACAGGUGAGGAGAGCGACAACGAUUCGGCUGUCAGUUCGUCGAGGUCGAGUAUCUCGCACGACUUCUCGCCGCCACCUUCGCCGCUGCCCGAUCACCUGCGUGACGGUCGCCAACAUGAUGGCACCCUGUCGCCAUCCAACUCAGCCAGCAGCGGUGAUCAGCGUACCUUGAGGAGAACUCUGUCGUCAGAGACCACCGCAUCAGCUGCCUCGUCUACCGCGUCAACCCUCACGUCAGGCUCACAGGCCAGCUGCAGCAGCUCCAAUAGCGACAGCAUGAAUCGGCGCGUGCUCAAAGCACAGAGUGUCGAAGCGAUCAACCGAAAAAAUGUGCUGUCCUCAGCACGCUUCAGCAGUGGCCAAGAUUUGAAAGUCGGUUCACCACUUAUUCAGAGAAAAUUCGAAAACGAGAAUAUUUUAGACGUUGAUGUUGAAAACGAUAAUAAUCAAACUAAUGAUCAACAACAUACUAAGAAUUUCAUUGAGAAACUGAACGAAACACUUCUGAAAGAAGAUUCUAUAGAGACAGGAUCCAAUGAUCAGAAUGAAGAAGAUGGAGAGGAGUUGAUAUGCUACCAGAUUGCGCAGUCAACCAAUGUUAAUUUCGAGUUGAACCCAACUAAAGUGGCCUACAUGGAGGUGGAGGUAGUGGACGGCAACAACAUGGCCGCCACAGAGUCUGAGCAAAUGUUGUCAGAUAGCAGCAGCAGUAAUCCAUCAAGUAUGGAUGGGCUCAGUUACGGAUACUCGUCCGACUCGAAAAUCAUGUACAAUGGGUCGGAGAAUGAAUGCGACAACAACAAUGGCUUUUACAGUGGGAGUUACAAGGAGAGUGAUAAGAACAGUGAGAGGCGUGUUGUGAAGAAGGAUGUUGCCAAAAAUGAUAAGAGUUCUGCGAUAUCAAACGAGAAAUCUGGACAGAAGGAGGUUGAGGAUAGAGUGAAUGGACAGAAAGAGGCGGCGAACGGCGGUGGAAAAGUGAUGGCAUCGUCGUCUGCGAGGGUGGCAGGCACGCGACGAUCGGUGAGUGUGAACGACAUCCGGAAGGCGUUCGAGAAGGCCGACCUGUCGGUGAACAAGCAGUCGAUGAAGAGUGCUGCGGUGAACGGUUACAGUCACAGUCACAGUCAUGCUCGGGUCUCGUCAUUGGACUCGACGGCCAGCGAGGACAGCAGCUGUGUGCAGACUCCCACGCACUUCGGAUCAAUCACCAAUCUGCAAAAGGAGCAGCAGUUUGGAAGCAUCACGUCACUCGCGUCAUCCACCAGUCUCAUAUCGCAACAGGAAUUGCAGCAGCUGAUUGACGACGCGAACCAGACGCUGGAGGAGAGUGGUCGGGGUGGUGGGGGUAGCGGAGGUGUGAGCAUGGGCCACGAGGUGUUGGUGGUGAUCCUGCACCGCGACCUGCCUGCUAGCAGUGUGGGCAUCACUCUGGCCGGCGGUGCCGAUUACGAGUCCAAGCAGAUCACUGUUCACAAAGUGUUGGCGGGCAGUCCGGCUGACCGUGAUGGCCGCAUCCAGAAAGGGGACAGAAUCCUGUCCAUCAAUGGCAAAAGCAUGAAGGGAGUCACGCACAGAGAAUCUCUAACUAUUCUCAAGGCUCCCCGACCGGAAGUGGUCUUGGUGGUUUCAAGAUGGCGGCCGGAGGGUGGUCAGGAGGGGGUUUCACCGCCAGAGGACCCCCUGGUGGUCAGCAUCAGAAACAACCAGCGACAUCCGCGCAUUCCGGAGCAGCCUCUUGACCUCACCACCGCUCUACUCAUUGAAAAAGAGUGUGUGUCCCGAGGGCCGCCGGUAACAGUGUGCCUGCAGAAGGAUGGCGCCGGCCUUGGCUUCAGCCUCGAGGGAGGCAAGGAUUCGCCGCUCGGCGACAUGCCGCUCACCAUUAAGAAAAUAUUCACUGGUGGUUGUGCGGAGAAGAGCGGCCAGCUGUUCGCAGGUGACGAGCUUUUGGUUGUGAAUGGAACCGACGUGACUGGCAUGUCACGCAUCGAGGCAUGGUCGCUCAUGAAGCGCCUCGCCGACGGACGAGUCACGCUCAGUCUACGCCACAAGACCGUAUAGGAGCCCUACACUACACGACAACAGACACAUAGAACACAUGUAGCAGGAUGAGGAAAAAAGCACAGAGAGGAAAAUAACAGAUAAGAUGAGAGAAGAGAGAUGAUAAGAACAAGGGUGGAAGUGAAGUGGUAUUGUAAAUCAAACUCUGUGUUUCUGUUGGAAAAAAGAAUGGAUAAGGUGAAAGAAGAGAGAGGAUAAGAACAGGGGUGAAAGAGAAGUAGUAGUGUAAGGCAAACUGUUGUGCCUAAAUUAAUUCCUUAAGUUAUUCCUUCAACAUGUUGGAAAUACAGUAUCUAUAACAAAUUCCGAAUAUAGAGGAAAACCAAGCGAGAGAAAGUAAGACUAACAUGCUGUAGUAGAGCAGAGGAAAAAGAGGAACAUUGAAGGAUAAUGUACGAUAUGAAUAAGAAGUGAGAUGAAGUGAGUUUAGUGCUCUCUUGAAUUAAGGAGUAGCCUAUGUUACCUAUCCCUCUGAAACACAGUUCCAAUAUUUGAAUCUAAAAGAAAAGAAAUUGGAUAAUUAAGGGGAAGAAUGAAGCUGGACAUGAAAAAGAAGCAGGCAAAGGAAGAUAAAGGAGAAUGAAACUGAUAGAAAAAUAGGAACUGUUUUUGGAUUGAAUCAAAUUCCUCUUGAAACUUAUGUAAAUGUGUUGACAUUCAAUCCCAAUUGGUUAGAAAUACUAGGCAGUGAUUUUUCAGUGAAUCUCUUGUGGCUUUCCAAUAACUCCAAGACUGAGUGUUUAGUUCAGAUUUGAAGGCGGUGGAAUUUUGAAUAUAGUAAUGAAGGAAACAACAACUCAUCAACGAAGAUCCGAGCGAACGACUAAGCUGUGGAUACAAUUAAGACCAAUACUUGAUGUGUUAUUCAAAACAUAAAUGGUAGUUGUAGAAUGUAGGUAAUAGAUGGACGUUAUUAACUGGUGCUACAACAGUGUAUUUAGCGAGUGGACUAUUAAUUGGCGAACAUUUUUUUCGGCCGGGAUUUGCGAAUAUACACCAGAAUAGAUUUUCGGCUUUCAGUGAGAUGUGUGGAGACUGUCGCUUCUGAAGACUGAAUUAUGUAACAAGUGCAAUUAUUAAUGAAUUUUGAAAACUGUAAAAGGACCUAUUAACAAUAAAAGGACAAGUAACAAUAUUCUCUGAUUAUUGAAUAAUUACUAACUUUGUGAAAGUAUUUUUCUAUUAUUACAAAGAGUCAAGUUAAUCAAGGGUUUUUGAUUGUGUCAUGAUUGAUAUCAUGUAUCCAAAACAAACCAAUUAGAAAUUGAUGAUUUACAUAAAAAUUUAUUAAAAGAUGGCAGAAUAAAAAAUAUAUUGAGCAUGAAAAUGAAUGAGAAACCUUUGAAGUAAUUUUUGUGCAAGUUUGUUACACUUUGUGUAACUUAUAAUAUUUCCAUCUUAUGAAGAUUUUAUCUCCUGCUUGUAAAAGAAUAAAUAAGAGAAAUCUGUCCAAAUUUGUCAAAUUGGAAAAAAGACAGACUGAUUUUCUGAAAUUUGAAGAACUUUCAGGUUGGCUAUUGCCAUAAAGGCCUGAGAAUCAUGAAAAUAACAAUGAAUUGCAUUUUAAAUGCUUUGCAUAAUAAUCUGUGAUAAAUUUUUGAAUAGUAUGCAUUAAACUAUACUUCUGAGUAUUGGAGUAUUAAAUUAUGCAUAUACAAGUUUGAUCAAAAUUAAUGUAAGUCAUUGUAUCUUUAUUAUCUAUUCUGUAUAUUAUAUUAUUAUUGGAUAAAUUCGUUGCUUAAUGAAAUUAACUACUGUAUCUACUAAUAUUUUUAUCGAUCCUUGUGCACUAUCAGAUGCAUAAUAAUAUGAAAAAUUAUUUAUCUUCGAGAGUUUUAAUUUCAUUAAAAAUAAUAUAUAUUUUGCGAAUAAUAAUUUAUAUUAAUACUGCCUUAAUUCAUUUGUAUCAUUUAAUUGUAGCCUAUAUCCUGCUAUUAUCUGAUGUAUCCUGACGUAAAUUUGUAUGCUAAUAAUGUACAUAAAAUGUAUUUUUCAAUGUGUAUCAUAUAGUUUCCUAAUUAUAUUUUUAUAAAUAUGUGUACAGAGUCCAUCAUAUUAUUGUAGCUCAGAAGGCUAUUAUUGUUUGAUUAUGUUUUGAAUUUUCAUGUUUCAAUUAUAUUUGUGUUAAUAUGUUCGAACAAGACAAUAGAGUUCCAAGUUCUAUGAGAACAAGAAAUUUCAAUUGGAUUAAAACUGUUCCAUCAAUUAUUUAUUUUCAAUUUAAAUACAUUAAUCAAGAAAUAAAAAACCAAUAGUCUCUUGUAAUAGUGGAGAAAGAUUAGAACAGGAGUAGUAACUAAUGUCUCAAGAUAAUUGUUUCAAUUAUAGACUACCACUAAAUUUCUGUAAACUUUCAGUAAGUUACAGUAUUUAAAAUGUUUCUAUGCAAUGAAUCAGAUUCAUAAGGCCCAUCAAAUAAAAGUGUGUGUAACAUAGAUAUGAUACUUAUAUAUUACUAUAAUCUUAUUAGCUAUGAGAUCAGUAACGAAUAAUUAUUAUGUACUGUUCAGUUCAUAAAAUCUUUCAUAAAUUGUUGAAUAAUU